AUGUCUUUGUUGACAACUGAAGCAUGGUAUAUGGUCAUUCAACUCGACAGGGCUAUCAUUGAUGGACCCUUGUAUUGUCGAGUCUCACAUGGCAAGAAGCCUCUCUAUGCCAAUUCAGAACCAUCAAACUCCUAUAUCUUAUUGCUGUUCUCGGUGGCUGUAUCCGAAGUGAGCCGGUAA